UGUUGAUCUGUUUUAAAACUUUACCUCUCCCUCCUCCUCUGACAAAAACACCGCGCUGUGCGCUCCGGUUGGUUCCACGGAGAGCUGCUCUCUGAUUGGUCGCCGGCCCCUCAUUGUCACGCUGUCAAUCCACAUCACAUGGUCCGGCCACUAGGCCUAUUAACACAUGAGCUUGGCGAACAACUUUGCAGAGUUCUGUUUGAGAGCAGUGCAGAACGGAGCUGCGGAGAGAAGCCAGACGCACCUGCAGAGACACUUGCUUCUUUGGACACAACUUUUUUUCCGCACCUUCUUGGUCAGUACCUCUACCUCUUUGACUUUUUUUUAUUAUUCUUUUUUUUUUCUUCAUUUCGGUUUUGCCCGUGAGUGAACGCUGAACGCCGGCAGAAUGUAUAACAUGAUGGAAACGGAGCUCAAGACCCCGCUCCCGCAGUCCAACUUGGGCUCGGUGCCGGGCGCUAAGAACAACAGUGCCAACGACCCGGAGCGCGUGAAGCGGCCGAUGAACGCCUUCAUGGUGUGGUCCCGGGGCCAGCGGAGGAAGAUGGCUCAAGAGAAUCCCAAAAUGCACAACUCUGAGAUCAGCAAGAGGCUCGGCGCCGACUGGAAACUCCUCACCGACGCCGAGAAGAGGCCAUUCAUCGACGAGGCCAAGCGUCUGCGCGCUAUGCACAUGAAGGAGCAUCCGGAUUAUAAAUACCGUCCCCGCAGGAAGACCAAGACCUUGCUCAAGAAAGACAAGUAUUCUUUGCCCGGGGGACUGUUGGCGCCGGGGUCCAACGCCGUCAACAACUCCGUGUCGGUGGGGCAGCGCAUGGACGGUUACGCGCACAUGAACGGGUGGACGAACAGUGCGUACUCCCUCAUGCAGGACCAGCUGGCCUACCCUCAGCAUCACGGCAUGAACAGCCCCCAGAUCCAGCAGAUGCACCGGUACGAGAUGGCGGGGCUCCAGUACCCGAUGAUGUCCUCGGCGCAGACCUACAUGAACGCGGCGUCCACGUACAGCAUGUCCCCGGCGUACACGCAGCAGACCAGCAGCGCCAUGGGCCUGGGCUCCAUGGCGUCCGUGUGCAAGAGCGAGCCCAGCUCCCCGCCGCCGGCCAUCACGUCCCACUCUCAGCGGGCGUGCUUGGGGGACCUGAGGGACAUGAUAAGCAUGUACCUGCCUCCCGGCGGCGGAGAGAGCGCGGAGCAUUCCUCCCUGCAGGGCAGCCGGUUACACAGCGUCCAUCCGCACUAUCAGACGGCGGGGACUGGCGUCAAUGGGACGCUACCUCUCACCCACAUCUGAGAGAGAGCGGCGGGAAGAAAAGACUUUAUAAAAAAAUAAAUAAAAAUACUAAGUACUUCGGAUACUUGAACUUUUUUUGGUUGCUAAAGAAACGACGUUCAACCGUUUUGUUCUCAAACUAUUUUAUUUCAUGAGUUGUCCGUUGUUGUUUUUUUUUUUUUUCUCCUUUAAAUGCAUUUGAAAUGGACCGAAACUGAGCGUUGAGCCCACCAGAGUAAAUUUGCAUUGCAAAGAGGCUUUUUAUCACAAGUAUAAGCAAUCAACCUGUGUAGAAGAAUUGGACUUCUAUAUUUUAAUUAAUGCCGUAUUUUCUCUCUAUGAAAAGGCAUGUGGCCUCAUUAAGAGAGGCUGGUGUAUUUCGGAAAAGCUGGAUGGAGAGUUGGUUCAUACAUGUUUACACUUCAUUUGUAGAAUGUCAGUUGUCUCGACUCCACAUUGUCCACAUUUUGUAGUUUCUUUUUACCCCCCCCCCCUCCCCCCUCUUGACCCAUAGGUGCAAAUGAAUUGUUAAGACUGUGCGGGUCGCAAACGCAAGUUUUAUUUAUAGUACGUUUCCCCCCCCCCCCUUCCUUUUUAGCUUGUGAUCCCGAUGUUUUUGUCACGUGAAAAUUGUCAAGUUUGUUUUUUGUAAAAUGUUAUUUUCUGUGAUGGUUUUGACCGUGUCAUGUUUACUCAUUAUCACGAACGAAAAUGUUUAUUUAAACAGACGUUUCUACAUAUUUUAAGACCAUCCUCUAUUCUUAAAUGCUGAAUAAAUUUGUACGAAACAUAA